AUGGAGGCAAGGACAGCGGCAGUAUCUGCUCCAGCAGACUCUUCGUCCCCUGCUGCAAAGGACAACGGCUCGGGCGCGGGUGCAGCUGCCAACGUGGAAGCAAACGGCAAGACGGUCAAGUUCGACGGCGUCAACGGAUCAGCCCAAAGCAGCUCCAAAUUGCAAUCUUCUUGUCGCUUUGCACGAAUGAAUGGCAUCACCAACGGCAACGGCAAUGGUGAAGCUAAUUGCAGCUCUUCUUUGGCCAGCAAGACCUUCUUCCCACUCUUCCCUGGUGUUGCUUCUGCGCUCGACGAGAGUCCCUGGGCAUCCGGCUACAACACACCCACCCUGGGCGCCGCCAUUCACAACGCCGUAGAGCGCACUGAAGAUGCUCUCCAAAAGCUCGUUGAGCAGCGCAAGGGUGGCCUCCUUGAACGCGUAGCCCAGAGCACCAUCAAGGCUGCUAACCAGAUCGAGCGUCUCAUCCAAUGGGAGAUCUACAGCCGAGUCAACGCCAUUGCCGGUCUCGACAACAUGUGGUUGCUCAUGGACGGCAUCAGCGCUUUCAAUCCCGUCUGCACUGCCACUUAUACUUUUAAGGAGCCUGCCAAGCUGCAGGACCUCAAAGACUCGAUGAUGCGUCAGAUUGGUCACUUCCCCAAAUACACCCAAAAGCUCGCCGACGUUGGCCGCUUUUUCCACGGUAGCAUCUUUAUCGACGACGCCAACUUUGACAUUGACCAUCACCUGCGCUCACACACUUUGCCGGGCAAGGCUGGCAAGCGAGAGCUGGAGAGCUUCGCUUCCGACUUUAUCGCUCAGCGCUGGGACUUUUCUCGUCCGCUCUGGGAGAUGGCUGUUCUCGAGAACUUUGUCGAUGAAGAGAGCGGUGCUAAGGGUGCCUGUGUCAUUCGCGGCCAUCACACGUUGGCCGAUGGUCAAGGUUUCAUCAUGAGCCAGCUCUUCGUCACCUCGCUUGGCCCUAAGCUGGAAAGCAUGAUGUCAGAGGGCGCACAGCUGCUCAGCGAUGCUAAGCAGGGCAAAGCUCUUCCCUCGCGCAUGAACAAGAAGCUCGCUAGCCUCGACCGCUUCCAUGGCACUAUUGCAUUGCAGCUUGUCAUGAUGGCGCUCUACUGGAUGGCUUGGUACCUCUCGCUUCUCAUCGAUAUUGCAGGCUGCUUUACACUUGCUAUCUCGACAAGUUACUUGUUCCUUGCGACGUUUUGGCGUCAACACUACGUCACCGCAAGCUACCGUGGUCCAAGAAAGUACGAAAAAGAGUUCUCGGUCUCCAAGUCGUUCUCACUUUUGGAUGUCAAGCUGGUCUCCAAGGCCUUCUCCGGUGUCCAACCGGGUACUCUGCUUGAUAAGGUGCAAGGUGGAAAGCGAUCCUCUCGUCCUCUCAUUGGAACGCAUCUUACGGUCAAUGACAUUAUUUGCACUGUCAUUGCCGAUGUCAUCAACGAUGAGCUCGAGCGUCAAGUAGCUCAGCCUGGUUUCUUGAACCAGAUUCGUCGCAUCUCGCACAAGAUCCUCCCUUCGCCCAUUGGUAUUAUGGUGCCCAUCUCGAUUCGACAACCUGGUGACUGGUCGCUGCGUAACCUUUCUACCGGUGGUAUCGCUUAUCUGCCUACCACCAAAGGCCUACCAACCGACCUUCCUAUCCUCCACCGUCGACUGCACACCACGCACAAACGUCUCAGCAUCUUCAAGAACUCGCUUCUGCCCAAAAUCUUGUUCCAACUGAUCCAACUCACCGGUCAAUUCCCAGUCCUCUUCCCAAUCCCCUUGGGUUUACUCCCGAAAACGUCGUUCAACGUCCUCCGUUGGCCCACCGUAUGGCUCACCGAGCGCAUCCUUACUUGCUUCACUGCUGUUGUCACAAAUGUUCCUUGCCCAUCCAAGCAGCGCAUUCAGCUUGCAGGCCAAGAGGUUGUCAGAUGGACAGCUCUUCCUCCACAAGCCGGAAAGGGAACUCUCGGUAUUGGCAUUUGCUCCUAUGGCGGUGAUUUCAGUAUCUCCAUCUCAGCAGAUCGGGUCGAGGGCAGUCAAGGAGUAGCAGCAAGAUUGACUGACAAGUUCGAGAAGAGGUGGCGAGAGUAUGUCAAUGUCAGUCGUGAAUUGAUCAACAAGUCCGGUUCAGAGAGUAAAGAAGCCAACAAGUCGAGGUCUAACACUUAG